AUGCAGGGCUUCAACCCCCAGUCUCUCCGCCUCCUGGCGGCUCUUCCUCUAGACUCUUCAAAGUUGACUCAGGCCUUCGACUUGGACGACGUGGUCCAGCGGAGAGACCCCAACGAGUGCCGCAGGGGGCCCCCUGGGGGCCCCCAUCCCCAGGGGGGCCCCCCGGGGGGCCCCUCUGGGGGAUCCCACCCCCAGGGGGGCCCCCAGGGGGGCCCCCUCCCCCAGGGGGGCCCCCGAGGGGCCCCCCAAGGGGGGCCCCCUGCUGCAGAUAGCCCCGGAGCUGCAGGGAUGAAGGGACUUGUGAUUCGAACUUAUAGGGGCAUUCAGGAUUAUUCUCAAGAGCGAGAUCCUGACCGCAUGAAUCCUGGCCCGGAGGAGGUGCAGGUGGCUUGGGAAGAUGGGGCUGUUGAAAAUGUCUGGUGUGGGGCUUUGAAGUUAGUGGACAGGUGUCUCUACGUGGGAGACACAGUGCUGCAUGCAGAGACUGGGGCUUUGGGGCUUGUCCUUGAGGUGCAGCAAACCCUAGAUCUGGCCAUUCCAGUGGAGGCCCUGCAGCAGCAGCAGCAGCAGCAGCAGCGGGGGCAGCAGCAGCAAGGGCAGCGGGGCCCCGCUGGGGGCGCCGCAGGAGCUUCUGCUGCAGCAGCAGCUAAUGCUGCUUCUGCUGCUGCGCGGCUCCCCCCGCGGCUGCAGGGCCUCUGCAGCAGGGCCCUGGGGGCCCCCGCGCUGCUGCUGCAGCCGCCGCUGCUGCAGCAGCUGCAGCAAUUCAAAGAGGGGCUGCCAGUCGUCAGCGGGGGCCGCGUCGGAUGUGUCUUGGGGGGAAAAGUUGAUUAUGUAAUUACACUCGAGUCCGGAGACGAAUUCGUCUAUGAAGACGGAUUUGCGGUGUCUGCCCACGUGGCAGGCUACGUGAAGUCCUUCGCCAUCCGCAACAUACGAGUGGCUUGGCAGCUGCAGGGGCCCCUAGCAGCAGCAGCAGGUGCAGCAGCAGCAGCAGCAGCAGGUCCCCAGAGGGCUUUGACGCCCUGGUCCGAACACUGCCCCAGCGAGCUGCUGCCGCUGCAGCAGCAAGUCUUGCGUUUGGGGCAGCCGAUUUAUGUGGACAUUCGCCGGGCUUUGGGUUUAGGGGGGGCCCCCCGGGGCCCCUCUGUAGCAGCAGGUGCCCCAGCAGCAGCAGCAGCAGCAGCAGCAGCAGGGGCAGCAGCAGCGGACCCCGCCGCGACGGCAGCAGCGGCUGCAGCAGCGCCAGAGAAGCCCGCAGCCGCAGCAGCAGCGGCCUCUGCAGCAGCGGAGAACCCCCCGCCCGCGCCAGCAGCAGCAGCAGCAGCAGCAGCAGCAGCAGCAGCAGAGUUUGGAGAGGCGGAGUACACGGUGGGGGUGGUGGCAGGAGUGCGGACUUGCUGCAGCGUGCUGUGGGAAACAGGAGUUGUAGAGACACAAGUCAGCAGCAGCAACUUAACUCCUGCUGCUCUUGACAGAACUCCUCUGGACCCCGAAGACUGCAGGCUGGCCCCGCUGCUGCUGCCCCACAUGCUGGUGCAGCGCCGCCCGCAGCAGCAGCAGCAGCAGCAGCAGCAGCAGCAGCAGGGGGGCCCCUGGUGGCUGCACCUACACCAGGGGGGCCUCCAAGUGGGGCCCCUCUCUCCCUUAGACCCUCAACUUGCUGCUGCUCAGCGCCGCAGCGAAGCAGCUCGGGUGUACAGACAGGGCGUGUCUGGAGGCGCUCUAAGCGCAAUUCUCUGCCCCUGCUGGAACAGCGACCCCUCAACCCUGAAGCAAAUCAGCAGCAGCAGCAGCAACCGCAGCAGCAGCAGCAGCAGUAGCAGUAGCAGCAGCAGAUGGGUUGCAUGCAUGCAAUUUGAAUCUGCUGCGCAGACACUUGAUGGGGUGUACGUGGAGGCCCUCGUUGAUGCGGCGCUGGAGAGCGACAAAUGGACAAACAAAACUGCCCUUCGUUGCUUGGAGGCCCUUUCGCGGCCAACUGACCCGCUCGGGUCCCUCAAAUCUCAGCAGCAGCACCAGAAGCAGCAGCAGCAGCAAGAGCACCAGCAGCGGAGGCAUGUGCUGCAGCAGCUGGUGCUGCAGCGCAUGCAGCAGCAGCGCGCCGCUGGAGCUCUCAAUGCUGCUGCUGCAGUCCACCUGGCGCUGCAGCAGCAGCAGCAGCUGCAGCAGCAGCAGCUGGAGCAGACCCGUGGCGGGGCAGCCCCAGCAGCAGCAUUGGCCGCUGCUGCUGCUGCUGUGCUGCGGUUGCUGCAUUUCGCCGAGUUCUGUGGCAGCAGCAAAUGUGAAUUCCUCCCAAAGUUAAACCAGCAGCAGCAGCAGCAGCAGCAGCAGCGGGAGCUGCAGCAGCAGCUGCAGCAGCAAAAGGGACUGCAGCAGCGGCAGCAACUGCUGCUGCUGUAG